AAAAAUGUUUGAAAACCAAAAAAUCUAAACCAAUGGUUGAGAAAAAUAGAUUUAAGAGAAAACGACGUCGUUUUGCGGGGAGUAGAAAAUUUAAAAUUUAAUAGUUAAAAUUCGAAAAUACUAAUAGCAGCUAACGAACCUGUAUUAUUACUACUUGUACUUCAUUAAAUCAAGAAGAUUGCGAUAGAUAGUUAUUUUUUGAGAAAUUUGACGUUUUUUAUACGACGUUGGUCUGCACGUUUGCUUAUAUAUUUCGAUUUCAGCCGUUCGUCCCAUUGCGAACAUUAAAGGCAAAUCGGCAAACCAAUGCCCAAGGAUAAUAAACCUGGAGCACAAGGGCGUCAAAAAAGUUUACUGUUCACAAACAACCAAAACUGUAAUUCGCCCAGCAGUUCUGUGAAUAGUGGUCGCUAUCGCAAAUUUUUUAUACGUGGACGCACAACAGUGGGUGUUCAGGGUUCAACAGCAGGUAACAGUGCUGCACGUGAACAACGCUGGGCAUUAAAAACAACUCCACAAUAUGCUGGUGCAAGUGCAAGCUUGCUACAUGUCGGAACUGUUUGCAGCGUGUCCGUGGGCUUAAAUUCUAAACAUCAAAAACUUACGGAAGUUCAACGAAAGUUCCCUCUUUGGUUGCCGGAAUACAAAACGAACGCUUUUAAUGCUUCUAUGGAUGAAAAAUAUGUUGAAUCGAUUUGGGCAAGCUUAAAAAACGCUAUACAGGAAAUACAAAAGAAAAAUAACUCUGGCUUAUCCUUCGAGCAAUUAUAUCGCAAUGCAUAUAAUAUGGUGCUACAUAAGCAUGGCAAUCGCUUGUAUUAUGGCUUGCGUGAAGUCGUUUCUGAGCACUUAGAACAGAAAGUGCGGCAAGAUGUGCUUGAAAGUUUACAUAAUAACUUUCUUCCUAAGUUAAAUCAAGCUUGGAGUGAUCAUCAAACUUCGAUGGUAAUGAUACGUGAUAUAUUGAUGUACAUGGAUCGUGUUUAUGUACAACAACGCGAAGUAGAUAAUGUUUACAAUUUGGGCUUAAUAUUGUUCCGAGAUCAAAUUGUCCGUUAUUCAGAAAUUCAAAAAGCUCUACGAGAAACAUUACUCGGAAUGGUUAUGGACGAGCGAAGCGGAGAAGCCAUCAAUCACUUAGCGAUUAAAAAUGCGUGUCAAAUGCUUAUGUCGCUGGGAAUUAAUACACGGUCCGUAUAUGAAGAUGAUUUUGAGAAACCAUUUCUUGCGCAAUCUGCAUCUUUUUAUAAGUUUGAAUCACAUAAAUUUCUUAACGAGAACAAUGCGGGUGUUUAUAUAAAAAAAGUCGAGGCUCGCAUACAAGAAGAAUCUGCACGGGCGGCCCUGUAUUUAGAUAAAGACACUGAACCGCGUAUCGUUAAAGUUGUCGAGGAUGAACUUAUUAAGAAGCAUAUGCGUACUAUUGUUGAAAUGGAAAAUUCUGGUGUUGUUUAUAUGAUUAAAAAUUCAAAAACAGAGGAUCUUGCUUGUACCUAUAAACUAUUUUCACGACUAAAAGAGGAAGGUCUCAAAGUAAUUGCUGAUACAAUGUCAUCGUAUUUGCGUGAACAGGGCAGAAUAUUAGUGAAGGAGGAAGAAAAUGGGAAUACAAAUCCAAUAACUUUUGUACAGAAUUUGCUCGAUUUAAAAGAUCGUUUCGAUCAAUUUUUACACCAUUCAUUCAAUAAUGACCGAUUAUUUAAAAAUGUAAUAUCAGCAGAUUUUGAGCAUUUUUUAAAUUUAAAUCAAAAAUCUCCCGAAUACCUUUCUUUGUUUAUUGAUGAUAAACUUAAAAAAGGAGGCAAAGGUAUGAGUGAACAAGAAAUAGAAACAAUUUUAGAUAAAACCAUGGUACUUUUCCGAUUUCUCCUGGAGAAGGAUGUUUUUGAACGUUAUUACAAAACUCAUUUAGCGAAACGCCUGUUGCUAAAUAAAUCAGUUUCCGAUGAUUUUGAGAAAAAUAUGAUAUCAAAAUUAAAGACUGAGUGUGGAUGUCAAUUUACCUCAAAACUUGAAGGAAUGUUUAAAGAUAUGUCUGUGUCAAACACCAUUAUGGAAGAGUUUAAAAACUAUGUAAAUGUACACAACUUAUCAUUAUCGGGUGUUGAAUUGACAGUGAGGAUCCUAACGACAGGAUUUUGGCCCACUCAAACUGCAACACCUAACUGCAAUAUACCCUCUGCACCACGUGAGGCAUUUGAAAUAUUUAAAAAGUUUUAUUUGGAUAAACAUUCGGGUAGACAGUUAACGUUACAACCACAAAUGGGUACGGCUUAUAUUAAUGCAGUAUUCUAUGGCCGCAAAGUGGAUAGCGAUAAAGAUAAAGACGGUCCUAGUUCAAGCAUGUCAUCCAGCUCAAAUGGUUGUACGGUGCCAACAACAACCCGUAAACAUAUACUACAGGUGUCCACGUAUCAGAUGUGCGUAUUAAUGCUGUUUAAUAACCGUGAUAUGUUAACUUAUGAGGAUAUACAACAGGAAACUGAUAUCCCUGAACGGGAGUUAGUACGUGCACUUCAGUCGCUGUCAAUGGGGAAACCUGCACAACGAUUACUUGUGCGAAACUCAAAAACGAAGACAAAAGACAUCGAUCCAACAGAUGAAUUUUAUGUAAAUGAUGCAUUUGUUUCUAAACUCCACAGAAUUAAAAUUCAAACUGUUGCCGCAAAGGGAGAGACUGAACCGGAACGCAAGGAAACGCGGGGUAAAGUAGAUGAAGAUCGCAAACAUGAAAUUGAAGCAGCUAUUGUUCGUAUAAUGAAAGCAAGAAAACGUUUACCGCACAACUUGCUUGUAUCUGAUGUAACAUCACAAUUGAAAUCGCGGUUCUUACCGUCUCCUGUUUUUAUCAAAAAACGAAUAGAGGGCCUUAUCGAAAGAGAAUAUUUGGCCAGGACGCCCGAGGAUCGAAAAGUUUAUAUAUAUUUGGCCUAAACACUCACCUAGCUUUACUCUAAAAAAAAACGAAAAUAGAGACGUGAAUAGUAAAAAGGGUCUUAAGUAAAGAAAUAGGUACUUUGUUGUAUUGUUGCAUCAUCUCCAUAUAGCAUAUGAUAUUGCAAUAGAUAUAUUUACAGCUAACUUUUUCGACAUUUCUAAUUUCCGGAAUAGUUUCGUGUUUGUACGCUAAAAUUUCAAUCCAAACAUUUAAUUUUGCUCUUCAGUUACAUAUAUUAUUGAUUUUUGUUUUGCGUAAUCCCAGUCUCUAAAAAAAAUUCACAUAGUUUUUUUAACUUCCUAAUAGAAGAAAAACAUUAACAACAGAAUACAAAUUACUUAUUACAAAAGUUGAUUGGGUUUUAAUGCAAAUAUCACAACUUUGUCGUCGUUUGGUGUGACUGAUCUCGGUGAUAGUCAUUUUUGUUCAAAUCUGAACGCGAUGACAUUUAAUUAUAAAUUAAAAUGUACUCUUUACUUCUUAAUUUGCAAAUAAGAUAUUAUGGGUGGGCAACGCAUUGUUACGAGAUCAAUUACGAACUUCACCUAUGCGAUGAUAACAAUAUCAAUAAGAACAAAUGAACAACCAAAUGUAUGAAAUCAAAUGUUAGAAGUUCAGAAAGUCCAUAAACUUCAUUUAAUUUGGUGACUUUUUAUUUGGUAAUGUUUAAAAUAUAAUGAAAGGUAUUGAUGAAAAUAAAAUCUACUCAGACCCAAAUAAACUAGCUUAGGGUUUUAUUUCUUUUCGCUUAUUUCUCUUUUUUAUACUAUUGGUUUUAAAUGUGUUGCAUUAUUUACUUCGAUAUGGAAAAUAUGACUUAGUUGAAAUGUGAAAUAAUUGAAAAAUGAUACACUAAAAUAUAAUUAAGACAGUAUAUUUUAA